CCAAUUAACUGAUUUGGGGAUCAAAGUAGUCCUUGAUUGGUAAGUUCGCUUUUUGACAAAUCGGUCGUAAAUCGGGCCCCAGAACACACACAAAACUUUUCGAAGUCGGCACGCAGCUAACAAAUUUUCCGUUCUCGUCGAAACUUGUUGUUUUUAAGGAAUUUUUUUUCUCGAAAAAAAUACCCUUUUUUUGCAAUUUGUUUAACACUCGAUCGAGCCGUUUUUCGAUCGGUGUAUUAGAAGCGGAGUAGAGGAGAGAGAAUCUGCAGCAGGACAAGCGGACCGCGCGGUGAAUUUUAUCUUCAGCUGCCUCUGUCUGGUAUUUUGCAGCCAAAAGAGCGAGAGAGAGAGGGCCAGAGAGAGAGAAGAAAAAGAGACUGCCCCAACAGCGCAUCCUUCCCCCCCCCGCCCCCAGUUAUACAAAAUUCUAACGGUCUAUAAAUGUUUAUGAAUGACCUAUCUCGUUACACAGCCUUUCGAGAUGGGUGCGGAUGCCGAAAAUGGAAAAAAGAUCUUCGUUCAGAAGUGUGCUCAGUGCCACACCGCUGAACCGGGUGGCAAGCACAAGGUGGGCCCCAAUUUGGGCGGUAUCGUGGGUCGCAAAUGUGGCACUGCCUCCGGUUACAAAUACACCGAUGCCAAUAUCAAGAAGGGUGUUACCUGGACCGAGGGCAACCUGGACGAGUAUCUCAAGGAUCCGAAGAAAUACAUUCCCGGCACCAAAAUGGUGUUUGCCGGACUGAAAAAAGCCGAGGAUCGGGCCGAUUUGAUCGCCUACCUCAAGAAAAAUAAGUAGAAAAAAAUACGCCUGGAAAACAACAAGAUCGACAUUCAAACUUUCUCUUAACACUAACUUGGAUGAAAUCACAUACAAACGAACUUUGGCAAACUCUUCUUUUUGCCCUAAAACUUUUAUUUUUAUUAAUUGGAUAGCGACCCGAGUGUGCUCCAGUUUAAUUAUACACUGAAUAUAGGAUAAGAAACUAUAAUCACACAAUUGAUUGAAAGCAGCAGCGCAUCUAACAUUUGAAUUUAAAAUGCGCGCGCUUUGGAGUUUCAUAGCAUCGAGCCUUGGAAUGCAACACAUUAUCGGGACAAACUUGUAAUAGGCCUCUUAGACAUGAAGCAAGAAAUGAUAUAGAAAAUAAAACAAAAAUUAUAUUAAAUAUUCCAAAA